UUGAACAUAAACCUCGUGGAUGUCAAUAUAACCUAUAAAUAGUUAAUUUUUUUGAGUUUUAAUCGUUUUAAUAAUUUUUUAAACACUAAUAAGUGUUACAUCAGUGUUUACUAGAAUAAUUGUUGAAAGUUGUUUGCUAAUUGUGUUGAGAUUUAGUAUAGAGAAUAAUAAAUAUAGGCAAAUAUGUAAAUAUGUUUUAAGGAAGAGUGCAAAUUUCAUAUACAAGAUUUACAAAUGUGACAUAAUUUGUUGGGAAAUUAGAUAAUAUUAAACAAAUUCCAUUAUUUGUUGUAAUACUGUAACUAUAACUUUGAAAAUGGCUUCCCCUUGUACGGAAAUUAUUGACGAUAUUGAAGAUUUAAUAUCGUCGCAGGAUAUUACUCCAAAAGAGAGAUACAGUUCUCGAAAGAAAGUAACUGUUCGUGCAAAACGAAAACAGGACCAAGAUGUUAUACCAGAACCGCCAAUUUAUUCGAGUAUUAUUCCAGGUACUCAAACUAUUUUUGUAAAAACUUGGGGAUGUACACAUAACAGUUCAGACAGUGAAUAUAUGGCUGGACAACUUGCUGCCUAUGGUUAUAAAUUAACGGAAGAUAAAAAUAUUGCCGAUUUAUGGCUUUUGAAUUCGUGUACUGUUAAAAAUCCAGCGGAGGAUCACUUUAAAAAUGAGAUCGACGCGGGAAGAAAACUCGGAAAACAUGUCGUAGUCGCUGGUUGUGUACCACAAGGAGCGCCAAAAUCAAGUUUCAUUCAGGGAUUGAGUAUGAUUGGAGUUCAGCAAAUUGAUCGAGUCGUUGAGGUCGUUGAGGAAACGUUAAAAGGAAACAGUGUCCGAUUUUUGGGACAAAAGAAGGAGUCGGGUAAAAAAAUUGGAGGUGCUUCUCUCGAUCUCCCGAAGGUACGCCGUAAUCCAUUAAUCGAAAUAAUUGCCAUAAAUACGGGCUGUUUAAAUCAGUGUACUUACUGCAAAACGAAACACGCGAGAGGUGAACUUGGUAGUUAUUCGCCUCAGCAAAUUGUCGAGAGGGCAAGACAAGCGUUCGAUGAAGGCGUUUGCGAAUUGUGGUUAACAUCCGAAGACACUGGUGCCUAUGGCAAAGAUAUUGGCACAAGUCUUCCGGAAUUACUCUGGAAAUUAGUUGAAGUUAUUCCCAAGGGUUGUAUGAUGAGAAUCGGUAUGACAAAUCCUCCCUACAUUCUCGAGCAUCUUGAGGAAAUUGCUAAAAUUCUACAGCAUCCACGUGUCUAUAGUUUUCUCCACGUUCCCGUGCAAUCGGGCAGCGAUCAAGUUUUAUCGGACAUGAAACGUGAAUACACGAGGGCCGAUUUCGAGCAUGUUGUCGAUUUUCUACGUCUCAAAGUUCCCGGUGUGACGAUUGCUACAGAUAUUAUUUGUGGUUUCCCAACGGAAACUGAGGAAGAUUUUAAUGAUUCGAUGACACUUUGUGAGAAGUACAAAUUUCCGAGUUUAUUUAUUAAUCAAUUUUUCCCGAGACCGGGAACACCAGCGGCAAGAAUGACGAAAGUACCGACACAGGACGUGAAGAAGAGAACAAAACGUUUGUCGGAAUUUUUUCAGUCUUACGAGCCAUAUGGUCAUGAAGUUGAUGCGGUGCAAGAAGUUCUUGUCACUGAAGUGUCACACGAUAAGAAGCAUUUUGUCGCGCACAAUAAAUUUUAUGAGCAAGUUUUAGUGCCGAUGAGAGAGGAAUUUAUGGGGAAAAUGGUUACUGUUCAAAUUACGGAGGCAACGAAACAUUCAAUGAAAGGGGAACCACUUAACGAAGGUGUCUCGCCAGCUUUGAAGCCGUCUUUGCCAAAGGGAAUUGUUUCCGGUGUUCCUGUUGAAAUGCAACCUUCGAAAUUUCGCAUCAUUGCAAUGGUUGGAUUGUUUCUUGCACUUUUUGCUAAGAUUUUGUGGAAACUUUUUACAAUAAAUUAAUAUUCAAAUGCUA